GGCUGCCAUAGUUACGGAGUCCGUCCAGGGCGGGCGGGGCCUAGUUGUGCAGCACGUCCUGUGUCCCUUCUCCGACCUCUCCACCCCGUGCCUACCCACCCGGCGAGUGGGACAGUGGGGCCGCCGCCGCCGCCGCCGUCCUGCUCCCCAUAAUGUCGCCAAGCAAGGGCUUCCUCUGCGUUCUGGAGCUGCAGAUCCGCUCGAUAACGUGUCCGGGAGUUACCCUGAAAGCCAAAGAUGACCUUUACAUCAGUGCUCGCAUUCUAGGACAAUAUAAGAAGACAUCGUCUGUUCGUGCAAUAUUUCCCCUUCUAUUUAAUGAAAAACUGAUAUUUGAAAAGGUAUAUACUGAUGUAGUUGACCCAGGAGACCUUGUUGAACUAUUUGAACGUGACACAGCAGUACUUGAAUUAAUACAAACUGUUCCUCCAGUGGGAGAAAUUCUAGCCACUUAUGAGGAAAAUACAAGAGAUUUCCUUUUUCCUGCUCCCAAAUCAAUCACUGGACAACGAGGAUCAGUUCGUGAAAUUUUAAUGAAAAAGGCCUAUGGUUUUACAGGAAUUGCACCAAAAUUGAAGUUUUUCACAAGUUGUCUUAUUUCUGAAAACCUGUUACGUUCGGAAAAAGUUCAAAAGCAGGAUAACUUAGACCAGCAGCAACGUUCAUCCAAAGGUGGAACGCCACAGAUAAAGUCACCAAAAAAGAAUCCUCCCUCACGUGAGAGGAACAGGCAGUGCUUAGCAGCAAAAACGUAUGAGCAGCCCACAGUAGCAUCUCUUUCUCGAUCUCCAUCUCCUUACACAAAAAGGCGAAUGUGUGAGCUUCAGCAUCUUAGACAACGCCUGGCCCAUCUAGACCUAGGACCUUUUGAUUUCAGAAAAGAAUCGGAUAGACCUCCAUUUGUAGUUCGACGUCCAGAACAGCUGUCUGCUUCACCUGAUGUUUUUACUUGGUGCCGUCCUAAGGACAGUAUAAAAGAUGCUUGGCCUGAGACAACCUAUGAUCCUACCCUUCUUGGCAGUUACAGACCCACGAUUCGAAAAGCUACCAGGUCACAUUCUGAUAAAGACCUUGAUCGUUUUUCUCACAGCUACGAUGAACACUUGAUUUCGAGUAUAGCUGGUAGGCAGCUCCAUUCAACUCAUCUGCUAAUGCAUUCAGCACCUCCACAAUUGCAGAAGUAUUACUCAACUCCUAUGUUAAAUCACUUGUCUCUUAGAGAAAGGUUUCGUUCUGGCUGGAGUGCAACAGUAAAUGGAGAAGAGAUCCAUAAACGAGUGAGAAAUAUUUUAAGGACUCACAGUGCAAGGCAAAGGCUAACUUUUGAUGAGAGUUGUUUGUCAAAAGAUGAUUCUGCUAAGACAAGAGACUCAAGUAAGACAGAAGAUUCCAAUAAGAAGAGAGACAUUUCAGACAGAGACCGUUUAAGCCACAGUGAUCUUCAGAGCAGUUCAUCCAUACGGCAGAGCAUCAUGGUUCAACUGGAUGAUGAUGACUAUUGGACUAGUCGAGCUGCAGAGUAUAAAAGCAAACCCCACAGAGCAAUCUUUGAAGACAGUCUGCAGAAAAUCUAUCGAAAUAUGUACCGAAAAGCUUCUGGAUCAAAAUCAAAGAAUAAAUAAAUUCCUGAUAGUGAUGCAGGUGAAAAUGAACAGUAUAAAAGAUCAA